CACGCAGGAUGUUUUUUUUUUGCUAUUAACAAAUUCUAACCUCACCUGAAAAUAAGACACGGUUUUAAUUCUUUCUUCUUAAUAGCACCGAACGUUAACGAACAUUACACGAGGACAGUUUUCUUUCAUCGAAACAAUCACAUUUGGCGCGCACAAGGAAAAACAAAACCAACGUUUACAAUGUAUUACACGACAAACUGGCACGCUCUUCUACUUCCGUUCGUUGCAAUGAAACGAACAAAGCGUCAUUCACCAGGAGGCGCUUCGCAUCUUCUAUCAGCUGAUUUUUCCUUCCUAAACUCUCUGCCGCACGUGUCUACUUUCAUAAUAUAAUAUAUCGCGCGAAUCUCUUUAUGAUCAUGGACGUCAAGCUAUUCGUAUGUUACAAUUGCGUAUAAUUUUUCUUCUAAUAUUUUCUUUUCUUAUUAUAUUCUCUAAAGAAGUAUUCGUGGUAUGUAAAUAAUACCAUUUCAAACCUUUAAAAAGUAACAAUUGAUACAUAUAACAAUAUUCAAUAUGUCAACGUCAGUCUCAUUACCACAAAAGAAAUAUUAUAGACAACGUGCUCAUUCCAAUCCUAUCGCGGAUCAUUGCAUAGAAUAUCCUAUAAAACCAGAUUUAAUGAAUUGGAGCACAUUUUUUCCUCGAUACUUUUCUAACGAUGAAGACGAUGAAAGAAACAGGGAUAUUAUUCAAAGGCAUGUAGAAUUUGCUGAUAUUGGUUGCGGUUAUGGAGGUCUCCUUGUUACUUUAUCGCCAAUGUUCCCUAAUAAUUUAAUACUUGGUAUGGAAAUCAGAGUUAAAGUAUCAGAUUAUGUAACAGAUCGCAUAAGUGCAUUGCGAUCUCAAAAUCCAGGACAAUAUGAAAAUAUAGCUUGCUUAAGGACCAAUGCUAUGAAAUAUUUACCCAAUUACUUUCAUAAAGGACAGCUAAAGAAGAUGUUUUUUCUAUAUCCAGACCCACACUUUAAAAGAUCAAAACAUAAAUGGAGGAUAAUAAAUAAAACCCUUCUAGCUGAAUAUGCAUAUGUCCUUGCAGAAGAUGCUAUCAUAUAUACAGUAACUGAUGUAAAGGAUUUACAUGAAUGGAUGGUACAUCAUUUUGAAGAACAUCCAUUAUUUGAAAGUAUACCUAAAGAAGAAUGGGCUAAAGAUCCUAUAGUUGAGAAACUUUAUGAAAGUACGGAAGAAGGCCAAAAAGUAACAAGAAAUAGAGGAGAUAAAUUUUUAGCUAUAUUUAAAAGAAUUGCCGAUCCAAAUGUUAUAAAAAGCUAACGUACGAUACACUAUGUAUCUGCUAAAAUAAAUAUCAUUUUUUUAUAUUGAGAUCUAAAUAAUUGAUAAAAAUUAAUCCAUAAAAGAAACUCUAAAUUGUUUGAGACGAUUUUUUAAGAUAUCAUGAAAGUCAUCUUCAACUUUAUCAUUUGCUUGUAAUACGGGUAUUAGUUUUGUAUCGUUUAAGUGCCUGAUAUCUUUUUGUAUACAUAAAUGUUCAGUUUCCAAAUGAAAUUCUUCGUGUAUUAUAAAAAAUAGCAUCUAAAAAUAUUGCGAAAUAAAAUUAAUAUAUGAAAAACUUCGAAUAAUAUUAUCUCACCUUUUCUAAUAUUGUUGCAAUUAACUUUUUUGGUGGUGCUAUAUAUGAUUUCAUUAUUAAUUUUUCACUUUCUAAUGGAUUUGUAAAAAAUUGAGAAUAAUACAAGUGUGGCCCAUUAAGUGCAUAUUCUUGAAUUGUAUGUUUAAAUGUUCUACUAUUAAGAAUAUCCCUAGAAAAAUAUAUAGAUCUUUUAAUUAUUAGAUAGAAUUUAUAAUAUUAUCACAAAUAUUACCAUAUCAUUCCUUCUAAAAUGAACAAUAUCAUUUUAGUAUGUCCAUAAUUAUUAGAAGAUUUUAUAUUGUCUUCUAUCUGAAGUUCAUCCGUUGGAGCCAUUUUUAAUUCUUCCAUUAAUUUGGUUCUUAAAAGAAUAUCUUCUGGACUGUAUAUAUUACAUUGUAUGGACAAUGCUUUGCAAAAUAUAUCAGGCUUUCCUUCUGGUUUUGAUGGUAACUGCUAAAAUAAAAGAGAUAUCAUUUAUUAAAUAUUUAUUAUAUGCUUUUAAAUAUUUGACAAAUAAUUAUUACAUCUAUUAUUUCAAAUCCUUACUGGAAAGUGUUCACCUUUUUCUGUAAAAAUAAAUUCUGACUCCAGUUGUUUACAUAUCUCAUUAUAUUUAUAAAUACUCCUUUGAAAAAUUCGUCUUUGACUAAUAUUAAUAAAUUCACAAAUUACGCUAAUAUUUACUUGACAAGUUAAACUUUUUGUAUUAAUUAUUACACGAAAACUUUGAUGUUUUCUAGGCUGUAUAACACCUUUUUUGGGAUGUACUUCUAUAUUCCAUAAUUCUGAUACAUUAUUACUAUAAUAAAAAAGAUGACUUAUUUAAUGAAUAUUUAUUAUAAUAUGAAUUUGAAGAUUUAACGUAAUUACAAACUUUUCCCAUGUAUAGGAAAAUCUAUCAUGCUUUGUAGCGUUAUACAUCACAAAUAUUUUAACAACACGGCUAUGUAUACUUGUGCAUAAGUAUAUAUAAUCGACCGAAAAAUAUAUUGAUAAUUCAUUAAUUUCAUCAUCAUCAAAAUUAGGUAGAAUUUCUUUUAUCACUUUAGGUGGAUAUAUAAUAGACGGUUGGCUAUUUAUAAAUAAUUUUGUUUUUUUAUCGCCGAAAGUAAUAGGAAGAUAUGCCUGAAUGAAUUUUAUAUUUAUUUAAAAGUAAUAUACCUCAAAAAAAAAAAAAACAAUAUUGAAGAAGGUCAUAUUUUGAUACCUCAAUUGCUGUAAAUUGUUUAAGAUGAUAUUUCAAAAUAAGAGGUGUAAGAGAUUGUGGCUCUGCAAUACCAUCUGGAUUUAGACAUGCAAAUAUUUCUGAAUGAUAGAUUUGAUUUAUUUUAUGUAGGUCAGUAAUAUCCACAGUAUAUGGUAAAUAAUUAUUUGUAUAAUUAUAAAUCCAAUAUAUCUAAAAGUCAAUAUUAAUCAGAAAUAUAUAUAUAUAUAUAUAUAUAUAAGAGAGUAAAAUAAUAUUUAGAAAAUCUCUUAAUAAUUAACUUGAUGUUGUGCUUUCUUAUUGGCAAAAUAAGUGUCCAAUUCUACAACUUGUGGAUAAAGUAAAUAUAGUUCUUUUUCAGAUCCAGAUAAAGCUUCUACUUGCAUAUAUAAAAAAAUAUGGCGUUCAUGGCCAAUAUUUAAAUCCCAUUUUACUUGAGUUUUUCCCAAUAAUAAAUAACGUAAUUCUAUAUUAAUUGUAAUUAUUUCUUUUGGCUUCGAGAGAAAUAGAGAGAGAGAGAGAGAGAGGGAGAGAGAAAGAGAGAAAAAUUGAAUUAUAUUAAUUUAUAUGGAA